CACACACUUGCUUGAGGUCGUCACUCCCUUCUGCCUCCUCGUCAGACAAACAUGAGGCUCCUUCAGGUGCUGGUGUUAGCGUGCGCCGCUCUGGGCCUCACAUCGGGGCUCCCCAAGGCAUCCCCGUCCCUCUUAUUCAGCAACCCACACAGCGACCACCCACACACCUCUGCACACCCACACACCUCUGCACACCCACACACCUCUGCGCACCCACACACCUCUGCGCAUCCACACACCUCCCCCUCCGACGGGUACUCCUAUGACGUGCCCAAGACGCCCUUUGGUCUGCCCGGGGAAGCAGCAGACCACGUGCCUAGCUAUGAGGAGCCAGACACAGGUUACCUCCCCCCCCACGGCUCCUCUCCUGUGGGUGGUGACUUCGGCUUGUCCCUCGACGUGUCCUCCUUCCAGCCCUUCACUGGCCCCUCCACCGCCAGGCCAUCCAUAGGUCACGGCGGGUCCUCUCUCUUCCUGCAGUCCACGCCCCGCCCUCCCUACGGCUCCACCACCCCAGGGCCCUCAUACGUCCCUCCCACGGCCUCCUACGGUCCCACCACGACUUAUACCCCUCCCCAAGACUCCUAUGGCCCUCCCCAGGACUCCUACGUCCCUCCUAAAGACUCCUAUGUCCCUCCUACAAACACUUAUGGCCCCAGCACUCCACGUCCUACCUAUGGUCCCACCACGACUUACACCCCUCCCAAGGACACUUAUGGCCCACCUCAGGACACUUACACCCCUCCCCAGGACACUUAUCGCCCACCCCAGGAUACUUAUGGCCCUCCCCAGGACACUUAUCGCCCACCCCAGGAUACUUAUGGCCCACCCCAGGACACUUAUGGCCCUCCCCAGGACACUUAUGGCCCUCCCCAGGACACUUAUGGCCCUACCACCACCUAUGCCCCUCCUCAAGACUCCUAUGUCCCCCCCACAAACACCUACACUCCGCCCACUCGUCCCAGCUAUGGCACCACCCCCACCCAGAGCUAUGGCCCGCCUACCAGCCCCACCUAUGGCCCCACUACCCCACGCCCCACCUAUGGCCCACCCAAGAACACCUACAGCCCACCCACCCGCCCCACCUAUGCCCCCACCACUCCUUCAAAUAGGUAUGGCCCGCCCACUCGGCCCACCUAUGGCCCUUCCACCACCCCAUCAAACAAGUAUGGCCCUCCCAAAACCUCAUACGGCACAACCACUGGCCCUAGUUAUGGCCCCACCACCCCAUCUGACAGCUAUGGCCCUCCCACUGGCCCGUCUUAUGGCCCCACCACUCCUUCCAAUAGCUAUGGCCCUCCCAAGAACACCUAUGGCCCACCAACUCGUCCCACUUAUGGCCCUACCACACCUUCUAACAGCUAUGGCACCCCAACCAGCCCCAGCUAUGGCCCCAGUACCCCGUCUAAUAACUAUGGCCAUCCCACCACCCCCUCCAAUACCUAUGGCACCCCAACAGGCCCUUCCUAUGGUCCCUCCACCCCCUCCAGUAACUACGGCGCCCCUAGUGGUCCCUCCUACGGCCCUUCCACCCAGGCAGGCUUCGGUGUGGCUAGUGGAUUUAGUGGAAGUGGAAAUGGUCUUGGUGAUGGAGGAUAUGGUGGUGGUGUUGCUGGUGGAUUAGGUGGUGUUGGUGGUGGUGUUGGUGGUGGUGUUGGUGGAUACGGUGGUGCUGGUGUUGGUGGUGGUGUUGGUGGUGGAUUAGGUGGUGUUGGUGGUGUUGGUGUUGGCGGUGGUCUUGGUGGAUACGGUGGUGCUGGUGUUGGUGGUGGUGUUGGUGGUGGAUUAGGUGGUGUUGGUGGUGGUGUUGGUGGAUACGGUGGUGCUGGUGUUGGUGGUGGAUUAGGUGGUGUUGGUGGUGUUGGUGGUGUUGGUGGUGUUGGCGGUGGUGCUGGUGGAUACGGUGGUGCUGGUGUUGGUGGUGGUGUUGGUGGUGUUGGUGGCGCUGGUGGAUACGGUGGUGCUGGUGUUGGCGGUGGUGUUGGUGGUAUUGGUGGUGUUGGUGGUGUUGGCGGCGCUGGUGGAUACGGUGGUGCUGGUGUUGGUGGUGGUGUUGGUGGUACUGGUGGUGGUGUUGGCGGCGCUGGUGGAUACGGUGGUGCUGGUGUUGGCGGUGGUGUUGGUGGUAUUGGUGGUGUUGGUGGUAUUGGUGGUGUUGGUGGUAUUGGUGGUGUUGGUGGUGUUGGCGGCGCUGGUGGAUACGGUGGUGCUGGUAUUGGUGGUGGUGUUGGUGGUGUUGGUGGUGUUGGCGGCGCUGGUGGAUACGGUGGUGCUGGUGGUGCUGGCGGUGUUGGCGGAUCAGGGUCUGUUGGUGGCGUUGGUGGUUACGGCGAAGGGCGCGAAGUCCACGGUGGAUACGGCCAGGGUGGUAUGCCUUUCAACUUCGCUUACGCCGUCAAUGAUGAAUACAAUGGUAACGUGCAAAGCCACAACGAGGACUCUGACGGCAAGGUGACAACAGGCCAGUACACAGUCCUUCUCCCUGACGGACGCACUCAGACAGUCAACUUCCGCGCGGAUCACGAGAGAGGUUUCGUGGCUGAGGUGAGCUACGACGGACAGGCGCAGUACCCCUCCCAUGCCCCCGGGCCUGCUGUCACCUUCCGCCCCGCCGUGGCCCCAUCCCCGCUCCCCGACGUGUACCAGUCCCCCUCUUCGCCUUCCCCGCCUCAAGUAGGGUACAACUAACGCCGCAGCUCAGUUUAAAUGCCUUCAAAUACUCCUCACUACACGUACCCUCAGCGUGUAGUGACCACCCUCCCCCGCGAAUAGCGAACCUGCGUAUAUUAAGGUCUAGGUUUAUAUCGAACUCCCGCCCCUAAGCAACGCGCGCUAAGGAGGACGGGCCGCUCUGUGUCAAGCUUCUGCAGGUGUUGUUUGUUUGCAUCCCGGCCGAGUAUGGUAACGAAAGCUUUAUCCUAAGUAAGUGUGCUGUAUUCCUUAAGUCACCCCUCCCACCCCACACUGGUAGAAAACGAGCGUAAGACAGGUGAGCAUUCCAAGGUGCGAUAAUUAAUAUGAUUUUGCUGGUCAAUUAUUUUUGUUGCUUGUUUUAUUUUCUCUCUCUCUCUCUCUCUCUCUCUCUCUCUCUCUCUCUCUCUCUCUCUCUCUCUCUCUCUCUCUCUCUC